UGGUUUUAGAGAGAGAAAUCGCCGGCGUGUUCUUGGGAUUCCCGCCGGGAAAUUAGUUUAAAGCUCUGCCGCUGUUUUUGACCGGAAAUGCUUCUUCUUCUAGAAAUGGUGGAGAAUUAGAACUGAAGCCUUGCUGUUAGGUUGAACGUGGCUGGCUUUCAUAGACGCCAUGGUUGAGUUUCUUACUACUGGCUAGGAGAUUGAAUGGGCCAUUGUUUGUGUUUAUGAUUGGAAUUCAAUUUGCGUAGUUUUUUGAAGUGGCGAUUUAGGUUUUUUCUUACUCGAGCAUUAUCAUUCGGAGUUACGUUCGUGUUUUAGGCGAAAUGAGUGAUACUGCAGAUGCUCAUACUGAUAACGCACGAAAUCUUCAAUGUUCGUUUGGAACAUCUUCCUCUGCUACUGUAAAUCAUCAUUUCUCUAUGGAUCAACUUAAAAUUUCUCAAAUGAACUGCUCACAAGGCCGUCCACAGCAUUUUAAGUCGAAUUUUCUUGGAGAUAAUAAUAGAAGAAUCGGGAUACCGCCUUCUCCCAACUCAUCGCAGAUCCCUCCAAUUUCACCGUACUCUCAGAUCCCGAUGUCGCGUCCGAUGAACCAGCAAAGUUAUCAUCCAGUUCCUACUCAUUCUCGAUCGUUAUCUCAGCCUGCUUUUUUCUCUCUCGAUUCUUUGCCUCCUUUAAGCCCGUCCCCGUUUCGUGAUUCUCCAUCUACAUCGAAUUCAGAUCAGGUUUCUGCAGACACAUCAAUGGAGGACAGGGAUGCCAGUUCACAUUCUUUGUUGCCUCCCUCACCUUAUAUGAGGGCCAACUCUUCUAAGAUGGGAGAUGCUUUACCCCCUCGCAAGGCCCAUAGGCGGUCUAAUAGUGAUAUACCAUUUGGAUUUUCUUCUAUGAUUCAGUCAUCUCCUCUUCUUCCUUUUAGUGGCUCAGGCGGAUUGGAGCGAUCAACAACUAGUAAAGAGAAUGCCGGCGUGUUUAAGCCGGCGAGCCAGUUUGUUAAAAGAGAACUUAGUUUGGAGAAAAGCACUGACAACAAUUUGGAAGGAAUGGGUGAAAGGAAGUCCGAAGGGGACACUGUGGAUGAUUUGUUCUCUGCUUAUAUGAAUUUGGAUAAUAUUGAUUUGUUCAAUUCCACAGGGACCAAUGACAAGAAUGGUCAUGAGAAUCGAGAGGAUUUGGAUAGUAGAGGUAGCGGAACGAAGACGGGGGGUGACAGCAGUGAUAAUGAAGCAGAAAGUAGUGUAAAUGAAAGUGGGGAUAACAAUCAAAUGCCUGGCUUGUAUUCCUCUGCUGAGAAGAGGGAAGGGGUCAAACGGACUGCAGGGGUAGAUAUCGCUCCAACUACCCGACAUUACCGGAGUGUCUCCAUGGAUAGUUUUAUGGACAAGUUGCAGUUUGGUGACGAGUCGCCCAAAAUGCCUCCUACACCGCCUGGCGUUCGUCCAGGGCAACUUUCUUCAAACAACCUAGCUGAUGGUAAUUCAACUCCAUUCAGCUUGGAGUUUGGUAAUGGUGAGUUCAGUGGGGCUGAACUGAAGAAAAUUAUGGCAAAUGACAAACUUGCUGAGAUUGCACUAGCUGACCCCAAGCGUGCAAAGAGGAUCUUGGCAAACCGUCAAUCUGCUGCUCGAUCGAAAGAACGAAAGAUGCGGUAUAUAUCUGAGUUGGAGCACAAGGUUCAGACUCUUCAAACAGAAGCUACCACGCUCUCUGCUCAACUCACGCUUCUACAGCGAGACUCUGUUGGACUUACAAACCAGAACAAUGAGUUGAAGUUUCGUCUCCAGGCCAUGGAACAGCAAGCACAACUACGGGAUGCUCUAAACGAAGCAUUAACUGCGGAGGUUCAGCGAUUGAAGCUCGCUACGACUGAGAUAAACUCGCAAUCUCAUCCCUCAAACAGGGUAAUGGCUCAACCUUCAAUGAAUCACCAUGGACUCCAGCUUCAGCAGCAGCAUCAUGUGCAGCAGAAUGGCAAUGGAACCACAAAACCAGAGUCCAACCAAUAAUUUUUUUUGUGUGGAAAAUGGUUGAUCUUCAUCGUCUCUUUGAUCAUCUUUUUCAUUUAUAGAAAAUAUAUUCAUUAAUUUAAGCUAGCUUAUUAUUUGCAUUUGUCAAAUAUCCACCCCAACAGUCUUUCUUAAUUUUAUGCUUUAUUUUCAAUUGUUUAGUGAGUUUAGGCAAUCAAAAGGAGAAGCGUACUUGAUGAUAAUUACUUUAUUUAUAUAUGAUAUUGGUUCAAUUGUGAA